GUGUUCACCAUCUUUGCCUUCGCCACCACAGGGGGUUACUAUGGGACGACCCACCUCAUUGUGAAAUGUGGGGAGCUGGCGCCACAGGUCAUAGAUGCUGGGUUCGGGUACCCCUUCAGGUAAAAACCUCUCGCAUAGAGCUGCAUAUUAACAACAUUUAUGCUGUCGUAUUGUUUCUUCUGUUUUUGUGAUUUUUAAUUGCCAAUAAUGCCUACCUAUGGUCUUUACAGUAAGUAAGCCUAUCCCUGACACGCCCUGAAAAGCUAUGCAAAACUUUCCGUAGGGCUAGAUGUGUAAGCAGGAAUUAUUUUUACUCUCUAAAGCUGGUUGUAAUAUGUAUGCAGUCACACAUGGAAAAGCCAUUUUUAUUUGUCUGACAGUUGCCCCUUAAAUGUUUUUGUGUUUAUAGUUGAAAUGGAUUUGUGCCAUAUGAUUACAAUAUAAUUGAUUUAAUCUGGUUUAUUUCUCCCUUCACCCCACUACUCUCUAGGUUGCCUAGCUAUGGCCCUUUCAAGGUGCCGACGUGUAACAGGAAUGCCAUGAAUGAGACUUACCUCCAGGGCGACUACUCCUCCUCUGCUGAGUUUUACGUCUGUGUCGGUGUAUUCUGCUUCCUGUACUGCACCGCCACCCUGGUCCUAUACCUGGGAUACCAGCAUGUGUACCGCGAGGGCCGCGGACCCACCUUUGUGAGUCUAUAAAGAUACUAGGGCUGACCCCAUUUAGUCAACUGGUCGAUUGUUUGUUACAUAGGCUGUUGGUCGACCGAGAUUUGUUUUUGUCAAGCAGCAUAAAAUGUUAUGGCACAUGAGACACCUGUCUUAUUCACGCCUGUCUGAGUGGACUAAUCAAUUGCGGAGGCUGCGGGGAUGGCACACAAGUAUCACCAGUAGUACAUUUACCAUUAAUUACCAUAAUUUCUCAUCUACAGUGUUUGUUUGGUUACGGUAGGUUCUGUUAAUGCAUUCAAUAUAUUAUUGUAGUAGUGGACACGUUUGUAGAGCGCACAACCUAGGUUACACUUGUGAGGAAAAAGUUUUGGUUUAUUUAAUUCCAUUUACGAGUUGUCAAUUUAUUCAUUGUCUUUUGUUUGGAGCGCUCCUGUCAAUCUUGAGUAAGGACAUGCACCUGAUUACGCAUAGAACUAGGCCUAGGCUACCUGGCCUGCAUGCAAAUGUAGGCCUAUAAAUGUGCACCUUUGGGAAUCUGAUACUAUUUCGAUAACCACUCAGCAUGAAAGGGGAAAAAUGUAAUGCUCUGAUCCGGUGGAAAUGUCAUUAAAAAAAAACACCUACCUGAUUACUUCUUAUCCCUUGCGCAAAUAGCCUACGGCUGUGUCUCUGUCCGGUGCUCACUGGCAGGGAAACUGAGGGCCCAGAAUAUUUUAAACAAUGUUGCAAGUUUGCUAGCACGAGCUUCAGGCUGGACCCAAGUUAAUAGUUGAUACAAUGUUUCAAGUUCCUUGCAGACAGGCCAUGUAUAGCCAAUGUGAUUUAUAGGAUAUUUUUAUCAGGAUAUUUUCUACCUGCGGGCUGCAAUGUUUUUAUUUGUUGGCUUUAUGUAGGCUAUUUUUACAUAUUGGCAAUAGAAGUUACUUUUAGAUUUGUAUAAUUUUCAUUUAGAUAUAAUUCUGAUUAACCACAUGACAUUGAUUUUGAGAUUGAGACUGUAGCACUCACUCUGAGAAAACACUGUGGACCACUGCUACUCAACUUCGAAAUGCCUAGAAGGCCCUCCCCCGCCCUCCCUUCGACAAAUCUGAUCACGACUCCAUUUUGCUCCUCCCUUCCUAUAGGCAGAAACUCAAACAGGAAGUACCCGUGCUACGGACCAUUCAAUGCUGGUCUGACCAAUCGGAAUCUAUGCUUCAAGAUUGUUUUGAUCACGCGGACUGGGAUAUGUUCCGGGUAGCCUCUGAGAAUAAUAUUGACGAAUACACGGAUACUGUGACUGAGUUUAUCAGGAAAUGUAUAGGAGAUGUUGUACCCACUGUGACUUAAAACCUACCCAAACCAGAAACCAUGGAUAGAUGGCAGCAUUUGCUCAAAACGGAAAGCGCGAACCACCGCAUUUAACCAUGGCAAGGUGACUGGGAAUAUGGCCGAAUACAAACAGUGUAGUUAUUCCCUCUGUGAAGGCAAUCAAACAGGCAAAACGUCAGUACAGAGACAAAGUGGCGUCGCAAUUCAACGGACACCGACGUCUUGCUUCCGGAUAAGCUAAACACCUUUUUCGACCGCGAUGCGGCCAGCUACCAAGGACUGUGGGCUCUCCUUCUCUGUGGCCGACGUGAGUAAGAGAUUUAAGCGUGUUAACCCUCGCAAAGCUGCUGGCCCAGACGGCAUCCCUAGCCGUGUCCUCAGAGCAUGCGCAGACCAGAUGGCUGGAAUGUUUACGGACAUAUUCAAUCGCUCCCUAUCCCAGUCUGCUGUCUCCACAUGCUUCAAGAUGUCCACCAUUGUUCCUGUACCCAAGAAAGCAAAGGUAACUGAACUAAAUGACUAUCACCCCGUAGCACUCACUUCUGUCAUCAUGAAGUGCUUUGAGAGACUAGUCAAGGAUCAUAUCACCUCUACCUUACCUGACACCCUAGACACACUUCAAUUAGCUUACCGCCCCAAUAGAUCCACAGACGAUGCAAUCGCCAUCACACUGCACACUGCCCUAUCCCAUCUGGACAAGAGGAAUACCUAUGUAAGAAUGCUGUUCAUUGACUAUAGCUCAGCAUUCAACACCAUAGUGCCCUCCAAGCUCAUCUUUAAGGUCAGGGCCCUGGGUCUGAACCCCGCCCUGUGCAACUGGGUCCUUGACUUCCUGACGGGCCACCCCAAGGUGGUGAGGGUAGGAAACAACACCUCCACUUCGCUGAUCCUCAACACAGGGGCCCCACAAGGGUGCGUGCUCAGCCCCCUCCUGUACACCCUGUUCACCCAUGACUGGCCAUGCACGCCUCCAACUCAAUCAUCAAGUUUGCAGACGACACAACAGUAGUAGGCCUGUUUACCAACAAUGACGAGUCAGCCUACAGGGAGGAGGUGAGGGCCCUUGGAGUGUGGUGCCAGGAAAAUAACCUCUCACUCACCAUCAGCAAAACAAAGGCGCUGUAUCAGUUUCAUUUAAGGACCAAAGGAUUGACAGCCGUCCCAUAUAGAUUGCAAAAUAGUUGGGAAGAGAUUUUUGACGUACCGAUCCCAUGGCAUAGUGUUUAUGAACUGAUAUACGCAAAACGACACCGGAUUUAAAAUUUAGAAUCUUUCAAUUUUAAAUUAUUAUAUAAAAUUCUUGCUACCAAUAGAAUGUUAUUUAUAUGGGCGAUACAAUCUUCCCAGCUCUGCAGAUUUUGCUGCAAAGAGACAGAAUCAUUAGAUCAUUUGUUUUGGUACUGUCCAUUUGUAGCUUGUUUUUGGACACAGGUCCAGGAAUGGCUAAAGGAUUGCAAUAUUUACCUGGAGCUAACCCUGCAGAUAGCACUACUGGGUGAUCUGAAAAGUCAUAGUCAAUCGAUCAAUAACAUAAUAAUACUAUUAGCAAAAAUGUUUAUUUUCAAUUCACAAUCUGUAGAAACAAUGAGAAUAGAAAGGUUCAGAACUGUUGUAAGACAUCACAGUACAGUUGAAAUAUAUACAGUGGGGAAAAAAAGUAUUUAGUCAGCCACCAAUUGUGCAAGUUCUCCCACUUAAAAAGAUGAGAGAGGCCUGUAAUUUUCAUCAUAGGUACACGUCAACUAUGAGCAGGUAGCUUAGGGCAGCAGGUAGCUUAGUGGUUAAGAGCGUUGUGCCAGUAACCGAAAGGUCGCUGGUUCUAAUCCCCGAGCCGACUAGGUGAAAAAUCUGUCGAUGUGCCCUUGAGCAAGGCACUUAACCCUAAUUGCUCCUGUAAGUCGCUCUGGAUAAGAGCGUCUGCUAAAUGACCAAUUAUUUAUUAUUUAUUUAUGACAGACAAAAUGAGAAAAAGAAAUCCAGAAAAUCACAUUGUAGGAUUUUUAAUGAAUUUAUUUGCAAAUUAUAUGGUGGAAAAUAAGUAUUUGGUCAAUAACAAAAGUUUCUCAAUACUUUGUUAUAUACCCUUUGUUGGCAAUGACACAGGUCAAACGUUUUCUGUAAGUCUUCACAAGGUUUUCACGCACUGUUGCUGGUAUUUUGGCCCAUUCCUCCAUGCAGAUCUCCUCUAGAGCAGUGAUGUUUUGGGCUGUCGCUGGGCAACACGGACUUUCAACUCCCUCCAAAGAUUUUCUAUGGGGUUGAGAUCUGGAGACUGGCUAGGCCACUCCAGGACCUUGAAAUGCUUCUUACGAAGCCACUGCUUCGUUGCCCGGGCGGUGUGUUUGGGAUCAUUGUCAUGCUGAAAGACCCAGCCACAUUUCAUCUUCAAUGCCCUUGCUGAUGGAAGGAGGUUUUCACUCAAUCUCACGAUACAUGGCCCCAUUCAUUCUUUCCUUUACACGGAUCAGUCGUCCUGGUCCCUUUGCAGAAAAACAGCCCCAAAGCAUGAUGUUUCCACCCCCAUGCUUCACAGUAGGUAUGGUGUUCUUUGGAUGCAACUCAGCAUUCUUUGUCCUCCAAACACGACGAGUUGAGUUUUUACCAAAAAGUUCUAUGUUGGUUUCAUCUGACCAUAUGACAUUCUCCCAAUCCUCUUCUGGAUCAUCCAGAUGCACUCUAGCAAACUUCAGACGGGCUUGGACAUGUACUGGCUUAAGCAGGGGGACACGUCUGUCACUGCAGGAUUUCAGUCCCUGGCGGCUUAGUGUGUUACUGAUGGUAGGCUUUGUUACUUUGGUCCCAGCUCUCUGCAGGUCAUUCACUAGGUCCCCCCGUGUGGUUCUGUGAUUUUUGCUCACCGUUCUUGUGAUCAUUUUGAUCCCACGGGGGGAGAUCUUGCGUGGAGCCCCAGAUCGAGGGAGAUUAUCAGUGGUCUUGUAUGUCUUCCAUUUCCUAAUAAUUGCUCCCACAGUUGAUUUCUUCAAACCAAGCUGCUUACCUAUUGCAGAUUCAGUCUUCCCAGCCUGGUGCAGGUCUACAAUUUUGUUUCUGGUGUCCUUUGACAGCUCUUUGGUCUUGGCCAUAGUGGAGUUUGGAGUGUGACUGUUUGAGGUUGUGGACAGGUGUCUUUUAUACUGAUAACAAGUUCAAACAGGUGCCAUAAAUACAGGUAACGAGUGGAGGACAGAGGAGCCUCUUAAAGAAGAAGUUACAGGUCUGUGAGAGCCAGAAAUCUUGCUUGUUUGUAGGUGACCAAAUACUUAUUUUCCACCAUAAUUUGCAAAUAAAUUCAUUAAAAAUCCUACAAUGUGAUUUUCUGGAUUUUUUCUGUCAUAAUUGACGUGUACCUAUGAUGAAAAUUACAGGCCUCUUUCAUCUUUUUAAGUGGGAGAACUUGCACAAUUGGUGGCUGACUAAAUACUUUUUUUCCCCCACUGUAUGGCAAAUAGAAAUCCUAUAUGGAUGGUGUUAAAAGAUAGAUGGGAGGUGUUGAAUGGAAUUGAAGGAUGGGACUAAUAACAUCUAACAACAAACAAUAACAAGAUAACUAAUAAUGUAGGCACGCUGUGUCCAUAAUAAGUGUAUGGGUUGUAGGUUGGGAGCUUUUGUGAAGGAGCACAGUUAGAAGGAUAUGGCAUAUGGAAGCAAACCGGAUGGACAUCAUGAAAAUGAUCGGAGAGGUUGAGACUAGAAGAAGUUCAGGAGAAAGAACAAACACAUUUUAAUUAUUGUAAAAUUGACUGUGUCCAUAAAAUGUAUAGUGGGUAUGGGCUGGAAGUAGAGGCCUAGGCGUUGCUGUUCACUAGUUUACUCCAAGUAGGCAAAGGGUGGCAGGGUUGGAAAGUAAUAAAGGAGAAUAUAUAUAUAUAUAUAUAUGUUUUUUAAAGGAUGUGUAUGUAUAUAUGUGUGUAUAAACAAACAAACAUGGGGGAUUGGAAGUGAUGCAGACAAUUACAUUGAUGGAAGUUACAAUCUAUCUGCAAUAUUAAGCUGACCUACCCAAAGCGCUGAUCGUGGACUUCAGGAAACAGCAGAGGGAGCACCCACCUAUCCACAUCGACGAGACCGCAGUGGAGAAGGUGGAAAGCUUCAUGAUCCUCAGCGUACACAUCAUUGACAAACAAAUGGUCCACCCACACAACAGCGCCUCUUCAACCUCAGGAGGCUGAAGAAAUAUGGCUUGGCACCUAAAACCCUCACAAACAUUUACAGAUGCACAAUUGAGAGCAUCCUGUCGGGCUGUAUCACCGCCUGGUACGGCAACAGCACCGCCCGCAACCGCAGGGCUCUCCAGAGGGUGGUGCGGUCUGCCCAAUGCAUCACCGGAGGCAGACUACCUGCCCUCCAGGACACCUACAGCACCCGAUGUCAUAGGAAGGCUAAAAAGAUCAUUAAGGACAACAACCACCUGAGCCACUGCCUGUUCACCCCGCUGUCAUCCAGAAGGCGAGGUCAGUACAGGUGCAUCAAAGCUGGAACCGAGAGCUUCUAUCUCAAGGCCAUCAGACUGUUAAAUAGCCAUCACUAGCACCUUAGAGGCUGCUGCCCUAUAUACAUAGACUUGAAAUCACUGGCCACUUUAAUAAUGGAACACUAGUCACUUUUUAAUAAUAAUAAUAUGCCAUUUAGCAGACGCUUUUAUCCAAAGUGACUUACAGUCAUGCGUGCAUACAUUUUUGUAUAUGGGUGGUCCCGGGUUAAUAAUGUUUACAUAUUUUGCAGUACUCAUCUCAUAUGUAUAUACUGUAUUCUAUUCUACUGUAUUUUAGUCUAUACUGCUCCGACAUUGCUCGUCCAGAUAUUUAUAUAUUAUUAAUUCCAUUCUUUUACGUUACCUUUGUGUGUAUUAUGUGUAUUGUUGUGAAAUUGUUAGAUAUUACUGCACUGUUGGAGCUAGAAACACAAGCAUUGCACUACACCCUCAAUAACAUCUGCUAAACAUGUGUACGUGACCAAUAACAUUUGAUUUGAGAUAUGGAGACGUUAUAAAUGAAACUGUCCCACAAAAUGUGCAUAUGAAAAUCAUAACUGGCACACAGAUCAGUAGAAAUGGUACGAUAACUUGGCACUCCAAAUGGAAAAGGUUGCUGACCGCUGUUGUAGCCUAUUACCGGCAACUUCAGGUGCAUAAUGGCAGAAUCUGCGAAGGCCAGCAGCAGCGGGAGAAGGGGGUCGGAAACAGGUAUUUUUCUUCUGGUUAGGCUAUAUUGAUCUCUGAGUCCCUCUAGUAAUGUGUGUCUAAAAAUGUUAUUGCAGUGCUUAAAGCAUCAGACAAAGUAGCCUACAUAUAGUUGAUUUUAUUCAAACAUAGGGUGUGUCGAUGUUAGUUACCGUGUAGUAGCCUAUUGCUACUACAGUAUAGUGUAGCGUAACUGGAUAACUAUUUGUAAACCUGGUCUACCAGCCUGUGUACUGCUAGAUCAGUGUCAACCAGUCGUAGUGCGGCUGUUUGUAGGGUUUUCUGAGAAGCAACACAUCAACUGGCAGACCAAUAAUGGCAUUGUGUGUGUGUAGAUAUACUGUACAGAGUAAGCAUGUGCAGCUGAUCUAGUGAUUGUAAUCUGUUAGCCACACAAUAGUGCGCAGUUUGCACAAAAAAAUUCACCAUAUCUGAAACAGCAAACAUUUCCAGAAUUAGACACUUCAUAUCUCAGCCAGAUGCCGAAAAAUUGGUUAAUGCAUUUGUUUAAUCUAGGCUAGUUCUCUGUUAAAGCACCUCAGUUGUGGAACGGCUUGCCCUGUCAGGUAAGAGGGGCAGACAACAUGGAGGUUUUUAAAUGACUUUUAAAAACCCACCUUUUUGAUCAGGUUUUUAAUAAGUGAUUUGUUUUAUACAUCCUCAGUUUUUUUUGUUCUUUUAUUGUUUUAAUGUGUAGUGUUUUGCCAUUUUUAAAUGCACUUUAAAUAAAGUUUUAUUUAACCAUGUAACCAUUUGUCUCUGGCUGAUGGGUUAGGUUUAUGAUUAAUGUUUUAAGCCUGGGACAGCUCUAACACCCGAGACAGAUUAAGUUGUGAGCCUAAUAGUUCAAAUGAGAUUCAUGAUUUAAAAGCUGCGUUCUUCCAUCCUCUCCAACAUGGUCCUAUAGUGACAACCCUCCCCUGUGAUUUUCUCAGGACCUGUUGGUGACUGCUGCCUUUGCCUUCCUGUGGCUGGUGUCCUCCUCUGCCUGGGGGAAGGGCCUGACUGACGUGAAGUGGGCCACCAACCCAAACCACCUGGUUGAGGCCUGCCAGCCCCAGUGCUCACCUGGAAACUUCCCCUCCAUGGGAAUACUCUAUGCCUCUGUGGUGAGCAAUUCGAUUUAGUAAUACAUUUUAUUCCCAGAGGAACUUAUGCCUUUUUCUCAGUGUGAUUUACAGGUAUGUACAAGUCAAGCAUGAAUGACAGGGCUACAGGUAUAGUGUCACAUAUAAUGUAGCAUUUGUCAUUCCUUUCUGUUUGUAUCCUGUAGCUCAGCUGGUAGAGCACGGCGCUUGUAACGCCAAGGUAGUGGGUUCGAUCCCCGGGACCACCUAUACACAAAAAUGUAUGCACGCAUGACUGUAAGUCGCUUUGGAUAAAAGCGUCUGCUAAAUGGCAUAUUAUUAUUAUUAUUAUUAUUAUUAUUAUUUUGUCUUUGUUUCGCACUUUCCUCCUCGUCCAGAUUUUCGGAUUUCUGAACCUCAUCCUGUGGACAGGUAACUGUUGGUUCAUCUUUAAGGAGACUCCCUUCCACAAGGACCCCAACCCACCAGCCACCAUGGAGGAGGGUGGAGUCCCCAGCUCUUAAUUUGCACAGAGCCCAAGCCAAUCGCCAAGGUGCUUGGGACCCACACUGUUUCUCAUGUAACCCUAUUAAGAAGGAAACUAAAACGUCACGCAAAAUUAUGCUUUUUAAUCACCAAUUCCACACAGGCCCCUUUUCAAUGACAGGCCUUAAGCUCAAGCUUCAGGGAAAGUAGUUAGGCUGUGUUUAUUUACACAGGCAGCCCGAUCCUGAUAUAUAUUUUUUUAAGUUCUGAUGUGAAAAGAUCUGUGAUUAUUAUAUUAUUGGCCAAAAGGCCAAUGAAAAAUAAAAUAAUUGGGGUGCCUGUGUAAACACAGCCUAAGUUGCCCAACUCUAACCCUCCACCACAGCGACCCCUGGUUGUUGUUUUUAUAGUUAAUGUGAAUGAUUUGCUAGCUGCAGUCAACACUACCCCAAUUUACAUGUGUAAACCCUGAACAAUUUUAAAAAAUGGUAUUUCCAUUCCAAAAUAAGUGACUUGCGUUAACUGUACGUAAAAUGUAUUCAGUUACUGUGAACGUGGCUUGAGUUGAACACUAUGAAAGGAAUCUGGGAAUCUGUGAUUUUCAAAAUGUCUGAUUUGGUAGCUUCCUCUAGAGCAGGUACUUUCAAACACAUAGGCCUAGUAGAAAAUGUCCCAACAGGGCUCGGACACACUACUGUAGCUGAACUGUGACUCGAAUGGGGAAGUCCAGUAAUGCUGCUGUUGACAGCACAGGCGGCCGGUUGUACCUUAAUUAGGGAGGACGGGCUCUUAAGUAAUGGCUGGAACAGAAUCAAUGGAAUGGUAUCGAACACAUAAAACGCAUGGUUUCCAUGUCUUUGAUUCCAUUCACUCCAUUCCUGCUAUUAUUAUGAGCCGUCCUCCUGUGGUUGACAUACACUAAUUGUCUGGCCGUCAGUCCCCUCCUUUUCCAUGAAUCUGAUAAAGGAGAUGAGGUCAAAGGUAAUGUUGAAAUCACCUGCAAUAGGUUGCCUUUCAGGUCAAAGUUUGGUCCUAUAAAUUAAAAAACAAUUUAACUACUGUAACUUCAGUAACUCCAAUAUUCCACUACUACUACAUGUUUUGAAACAGACCUCAUGGAUACAUGGACGUUGCAUUUCUGUCAUGUUCUGAACACGUACUGCUUUGGUGCACUAAACUCGUCAGCGCUGUGUUAGCUACUUGAUCCCACAAUCGCUCCUGAUGUUCAAUGCGUUUCUCUCUUUGAAGUGUAUGGCUUUUUGUCUUUGUUAUUCAUAAUCAAAUCAAAAUCAUUUUAUUCGUCACAUGCUUCAUGAACAACCGGUGUGGACUAACAGUGAAAUGCU